AUGAUCGCACGUCGUGGAUAUUGUAGCGAAGUAUGGUCCGAUAAAAGCACGAAUCAGGUAGGUGCCGAUCGACAGCUGCAAGAAAUCUAUGACGUUGUUACCAAACAUGUUAAGCAAAAGAAGCAUUUCUUCGUAAAUCUCGGAAUUCGUUGGCGAUUCAUUCCACCCGCAAGUCCACAUCAAGGUGGCAUAUGGGAAGCGGCAGUUAAAAGCGCCAAGAAGUUGAUUCGACCGAUAGUAGGCAAUGAGAAUCUUACGUAUGAGGAGUUGUCGACGGUAUUGUGUCAAGUGGAGGCUUGUCUCAAUUCGAGACCCCUCUGUCCUAUCUCUUCAUGCCCCAAAAGCCUCGAAGCGCUUACACCGGGACAUUUUUUAGUUGGGAAACCGCUUAAUCUACUGCCUGAACCAGACCAUAUGGAGGAGUUUUGGAAACGUUGGCGUGAUGAGUACAUUGCCACGUUGCAGCCAAGAGGAAAGUAG